ACUGUAUUUCUGUUGGAAAAAUCUCUUGACCACUUUUGCUUUGAUCUAAAAAGCACUUUUGAAUUGUCUUUCACUUCCAGUAAAACUAGGAUCCUGGCCUGUUGAAUACACAGGACAUCACUGUGUGUAGGUGGGCAAAAUCAGUGGUUCAGGGCAGCACACACAGUGGUACCAUUGCUUGUUACAGCCUGGUUUAUGGCAGCCUUGACUGACAUGGCUUAGAGUAGCCACAGCCCUGGCCUCUACCUGCCCUGCUGUAUUGGUACCAGGCAGUGUCCUGGGCAGCUGGGGUGAUGUGCUGAGCUGAGCUGAGCUGAGAGACAACCAGCAAACCUCUCCACUGGGCUGGAUUUUUGAACACUACCACUAGAAAUUUUCUUAUUUUUUCAGUGCUGAAUAAUAUCUUGUUUGUAAGUUCUCUUGCCCACUCUGGAGACUGUCCAUUGAGCAAAAUGAAAACUGGAUACAGGAAACUGAGGCAUGAGUAUGGCUGUUGCCUGUGCCCAUAACUGAGAUGCUCUCGAGUGACCUCAUGGCAGCUGGUGACAACAGGCUGUCUCAGGCUAGCAAGGGGCUGUGCAUGGGGCUGCCAUUUUGGGAUCUGCUUUUGGCAGGCAGGUGCAGGCUGUGGAUGCUGUACCUGGGCUGAGCAGCAUGCAGGGCUUGAAUGAGGGUGGCCAGAGACAAGAGACAGUCCUUGCAGGCAUCUCUGGCCAUGCUCUAUGGUUCAUAGAGCACUGGUUUCCCAGUGGUCGUGAUGUCAGCUGCUGACGCUGGCAGGCCUCAUGUGCCGUUUGUAGUCUAAGCUUUCACUGAUACAUUUCAGUAAGGAAUAAUGAGUGGCUGCAGGGCUGGAUUUUGGUCUACAGUGCUCAAUGUGAAGUCUCAAUGAUGCAUAAGGGAGCAAACAAACAGAUUAACGACGAGAGGUACAGUACCCAGCCCUUUCUAACAAUGCACGAUGGGUUCCCCCAGCACUACUGCGUAAUGCAGGGCUGGGUAUGACUACACAGCGGCAGGUGCAAGAGGCCUUACACAUCUGCUUUGCAUUAUCCUUUCCCUUUCCAUGAUCAAACCAGCCAUAUGAUUGGGCAGCUUCCCACUGCUCUGCAGCCUCCAUCCAGCCUGUGGUGUGGCAUUGCCACCUAGCGACAUCGGGCAGAGUGCUGCUGCCUGCUGCACUUCAAUUCCCCUUCGCACCAGAGAACAUUCAAAUCGCAACCUGUAGUUACAACGCCUUUUCUUACUUGAGUUGCUGUUGCCAACAGAACUGACAUUUCACUGCUGGCAGCAGGUAACUGCUCCUGAUGAGCACACGUGUAUUUCCUUGCAUGGUUCAAUUUUUAAAAGUUACACCAAAGCAAUGUCUCUGUGUUAGAGCAAUUAAGACCAGCACAAUUAGUCUUCUGUUAUCCAGAAUUGUUCUGUAUUUGGGAGAAGAGUAUCCACAGUCCAGGAUCUCAGAAGUCUUGCAUUCUUAUCUGGACAGUAAAAGAAAUGUCUCUGGACCCACACCUCACCAACUCUUAAUGUAUUUCUGUAGUCUGAUAUGUAAAAACGAGUAACCAUGCUGUGCCUGAGGACAGCAUAGCUUUGUUUACACAACAUGCCAUCUGAACUGGACAGAGCAUUGUUAUGAACUGAGUGCAAGGAUGGCACAUGCAGCCCUGCCAAUUGUGUCUGCAGACUGUAAAAUGAGAGGGGGGCAAAAGAGGAAAAGCAAAGAGCCAGCAGCUCGUUCUUUACGUGGCAACUAGCUCCAUGCCUCCCAGCCACGGAAAAAUAAAGACAAACUCGGGGAAAUUCUGUGGAGUUUUGCAAAUGCAUUUGAAAACAUGUUGCGUAAGAAGGAAAAAAUAGUAAAUCCAAAACAUGCUUCCAUAUAUUUUUGAUAAUUAAUUAGAUUAUUGCUUGAUAAUAGCGCUGUAUGAGUCUACUUCUCAGCCGAUGGCCUGCAGAACCACAGCAGUGUCCAGCAUAGCCUGUGAGGAGCAAGCGAGCACUUCUCAGCUAAUUGCUGAACGCAAAUGUCAGACACACGAGCAGAAAACAUCCAAAGGGGAUCCUUCAUGCGAGCAGCAGCUUGACUGCUGGGUACAGCGUGUAACGUUGCCGCGAACUGCCAUCAAAGGCAAGCUGUGAGGAACACCAGAGUAUUUCGCAUCAACAGAAGCUAGGAGCGUUUGAAGCUGCAGUGGGACAGCCGGACAUCGAGAACUGCUGGUGAGCUGUUUUCCAUCAAGCCUAAUAACAUCGCAGAGCGGCAUUUUUCCACCUGAGCGAUCGCGGCUGCCGCAAGCCGUGCCCGGAGGCGCUCUGAGGAGCGCUGCCCGCAGGCGUUCACAGCGGGGAGAGGGCAGCUGGGAGCUUCGUGCUUCCCCGCGGGGCCGCCAUCUGCAUGCUGCGAUUCGCGGCGCUCCGCCAGCGAUGGAGCAGCUCCGCCAGCGGCGAGCCGCGCUCGGGAGAAGAUACGACACGGACCGCCCGCCCCGGGACCCGACCCGACCCGUCCCGCCGAAUCGGCCCGGCGCGUCUCGCCGAAGCCUCGCGAGGGCUGAGCGGGGCGGGGCCGCGCCGUGUUUGGGGGCGGAGGGGCCGCUCCUCCCGCCCCCGCAGCGCACAAAAUGGAGCAGGGAGCCGCGGCUGCCUCCGCCCGCUCGGACGGCGAAGUGCCCUCUACCUCCGCGGCCUCCGCGCAGGAGCCCGGCGCCGAGGAGAAAAAUGAUCCUCCAUUUCAACUCAAACUUCCUCCGAAGGCAGCCAGGCCUGAGAAAGAGGUUGACCCAGAAUAUGAAGAGAAGAUGAAAGCAGAUCGUGCAAAAAGAUUUGAGUUCCUCCUGAAGCAGACAGAACUCUUCGCUCAUUUUAUCCAGCCUGCAGCACAAAAGUCACCAACAUCUCCAUUGAAAGUCAAGCUGGGACGUCCACGGAUAAAGAAGGAUGAAAAGCAGAGUUUGAUCUCAGCUGGGGAUUAUCGUCACAGGCGCACAGAACAAGAAGAAGAUGAAGAACUGUUAUCAGAAAGUCGAAAAACAUCUAAUGUGUGUAUUCGAUUUGAGGAGUCUCCUUCAUAUGUGAAAGGAGGAACGCUAAGAGAUUAUCAAGUCAGAGGUCUGAACUGGAUGAUCUCAUUGUAUGAAAAUGGCGUUAAUGGCAUUCUGGCAGAUGAAAUGGGUCUUGGUAAGACUCUGCAAACAAUAGCACUGUUGGGCUAUCUGAAGCAUUAUCGAAACAUUCCUGGGCCACAUAUGGUCCUGGUUCCAAAAUCAACUCUGCACAACUGGAUGAAUGAAUUUAAACGCUGGGUUCCUUCAUUACGUGCUGUUUGCCUUAUUGGAGAUAAAGAUGCCAGAGCUGCUUUUAUUCGUGAUGUUAUGAUGCCUGGUGAAUGGGAUGUUUGUGUUACAUCAUAUGAAAUGGUCAUUAAAGAGAAAUCAGUCUUCAAAAAAUUUAACUGGAGGUACCUGGUAAUUGAUGAAGCACACAGAAUAAAGAAUGAGAAGUCUAAGCUGUCAGAGAUUGUCCGGGAGUUCAAGACAACAAACAGAUUGCUGCUUACAGGGACUCCUUUACAGAAUAACCUUCAUGAACUGUGGGCAUUGCUUAAUUUUCUUCUACCUGAUGUCUUUAAUUCUGCAGAUGAUUUUGACUCGUGGUUUGAUACCAAAAAUUGUCUUGGUGAUCAGAAACUUGUAGAAAGACUUCAUGCUGUUUUGAAGCCAUUUUUAUUGCGUCGCAUAAAGGCUGAAGUUGAAAAGAGUUUGCCUCCAAAGAAAGAAGUAAAAAUUUAUCUUGGACUCAGCAAAAUGCAGAGGGAAUGGUAUACAAGGAUCUUGAUGAAAGAUAUUGAUAUCCUAAAUUCAGCUGGGAAAAUGGAUAAGAUGCGUCUGCUGAACAUUCUGAUGCAGUUACGGAAAUGCUGUAACCAUCCUUAUCUGUUCGAUGGUGCUGAGCCUGGCCCUCCUUACACCACUGACACACAUCUCAUCACUAACAGCGGUAAAAUGUUAGUUCUGGAUAAACUGCUGGCAAAACUCAGAGAGCAAGGUUCCAGAGUGCUACUUUUCAGUCAGAUGACCCGUUUAUUGGAUAUUUUGGAAGACUAUUGCAUGUGGCGAGGGUACGAGUACUGCCGACUUGAUGGGCAGACACCACAUGAGGAAAGAGAGGAAGCCAUAGAUACAUUUAAUGCUCCCAACAGCAGUAAAUUCAUUUUCAUGUUGAGUACCAGAGCUGGGGGUCUAGGAAUUAAUUUGGCAACUGCUGAUGUGGUUAUUCUCUAUGAUUCAGAUUGGAACCCUCAAGUAGAUCUGCAAGCCAUGGAUCGUGCGCAUCGUAUUGGUCAAAAGAAACCAGUACGGGUGUUCCGACUUAUCACUGAUAAUACUGUUGAAGAGAGGAUUGUAGAAAGAGCUGAAAUAAAACUGAGGCUGGACUCUAUAGUUAUACAACAAGGGAGGCUCAUAGACCAGCAGUCUAACAAACUGGCAAAAGAUGAAAUGCUGCAAAUGAUCCGACAUGGAGCUACACACGUCUUUGCUUCCAAAGAUAGUGAGCUGACAGAAGAAGACAUAACCACUAUUUUAGAAAGAGGAGAAAAGAAGACAGCUGAAAUGAAUGAACGACUGCAGAAAAUGGGGGAGAGCUCUUUAAGAAAUUUCACUAUGGACACAGAGAUGAGCUUAUACAACUUUGAAGGUGAAGAUUAUAGAGAAAAACAAAAGCUGAGCAUGAUGGAAUGGAUAGAGCCUCCCAAACGAGAACGCAAAGCUAAUUACGCAGUUGAUGCGUAUUUCAGAGAAGCCCUACGUGUUAGUGAACCCAAAGUCCCAAAGGCUCCACGACCUCCAAAACAGCCAAAUAUUCAGGAUUUCCAGUUCUUUCCACCACGGUUAUUUGAACUUCUGGAAAAAGAAAUUCUGUAUUAUCGUAAGACAAUAGGGUAUAAGGUUCCCAGGAAUCCUGACCUACCCAAUGCAGCUCAGGUGCAAAAAGAAGAACAAAAGAAGAUAGAUGAGUCUAUGCCUCUGAAUCCUGAAGAAACUGAAGAGAAGGAGAAACUACUAACACAGGGUUUUACAAACUGGAAUAAGAGGGAUUUUAAUCAGUUUAUUAAAGCUAAUGAGAAAUACGGUCGUGAUGAUAUAGAUAAUAUUGCCCGUGAGGUGGAGGGAAAAUCACCUGAGGAGGUCAUUGAGUAUUCAGCUGUUUUCUGGGAACGUUGUAAUGAACUGCAGGACAUUGAGAGAAUCAUGGCUCAAAUUGAACGAGGAGAGGCAAGAAUUCAACGGAGGAUCAGUAUCAAGAAAGCCCUUGAUGCCAAAAUCGCAAGGUAUAAAGCACCUUUUCAUCAGUUGCGUAUUCAGUAUGGAACAAACAAAGGAAAAAAUUACACAGAGGAGGAAGACAGAUUUUUGAUCUGCAUGUUGCACAAGAUGGGCUUUGACAAAGAAAAUGUGUACGAGGAAUUAAGGCAGUGUGUGCGCAACGCUCCUCAGUUCAGAUUUGACUGGUUUAUCAAAUCCAGAACAGCAAUGGAGUUUCAGAGACGCUGCAAUACUCUCAUAUCUUUAAUAGAAAAAGAAAAUAUGGAAAUUGAGGAAAAAGAAAGAGCUGAAAAGAAGAAAAGAGGAGCGAAAGUCACAUCGUCACAGAAGAGAAAAGCAGACCUGGCUGCUGAAAACUCUGGAAAGAAAGAUGCUAAGAAAGUUAAAUCGUGAACUUGGAAAAUGAAUUCAAAAUGUAAAGCUGUCUCUUCUCUUCAUCUACAAGUAUUAAUUGCCAACUUCUCUGUAUUCAUGGUACCCACCCACAAAUCCCUUGGCUUAAUUUUGCAAUUUUGUAUAUUUUACAAUGUCUUUCUUUACCUAGAAUGUGUAGCUUUAUAUUUUAUGCAUUCCAGUAUUUUUGUGUAUUGUAUUUUGUGAAUUCAUGUCUUCAGCAAAAUUCACUCAGUCCUUGUUUUUUUAAGCUUGUGCUGAGGUUUUAGCUUUUGUAUGUUUUAUAUGCUGCUGCUUUGAAAGAAGAACUAGAUUCUAUAGCUGUAUUAUUGUUGUUUCAUAUUUUAAAUUUAUAUGGCUGUGGGAAAAUAAAAUUAAAAUUAUUUGAAGAGAAACAUCUUCGUUUUCCCUCCCCUCUUUUCUGCGUAGCCUCAUUUAAAGUGAAUGUUAAGGUUUGUAUAAUUGUGCCUUCAUCAUAAAUCUGAUUUUUUUUUCUUUGGAGUAUAUAGAUAGGAUCAAGAGCAUGACAAAACAAAACAAAAAAAUCUAAUGAAGCUGACGUCCUUGUUUGGUGUCAGAAUUAAAUGGGUGUUUUUCUCACAAGUACUCCGAAGGAAAUGCUGCAGAUAAUUUUUUUCUUUUCCUAGUCACUGGUUUCUAUUAGGCUGCAUGUGUGCUUAAACACAGGGUGAAGUGUUUCUUGGAAUGACCUCCAGAUUAAACCUUUUCUAUGCCUAAUGAAUGGAAGUGUGCAGCUAAUAGCUUCUUUAAGUAGCAAACAAAAUAAUUCAUCUUUUGGUUGGUAGGCUGCUCAGAUAUGAUGCCUAGUGCUAGAUGAUCUGUUGCUGUAAUUAGCUCUUAAUUCUUUCUCCUUUUACCUUUGAUUCAGCACGUCAGUCAGAAGCAAUGGGGAUAUGCUAUGGAGUGCUCCUUUUUAGUAUUUCCAUUUUAAUGAGGGGAUGAAAGUGUUGGAUGUACCUUUUCUUGACUUUGUGAGAAUGGCCUUUAUUAAGUAGGUUCAUAGUUUCUGCUCACCUUGGAGUCUCUGCCUUUCUCAGAUAAGUAGAACAGUGACUGUGACAUCCAAUGUUUUACUUUAAUCUUCUGUCUCUGAUCUGGUGUUUAGUAUGGACCUUGCCACAGCAACACAUGACCUUAUAAUGUCAAGUCUAGAUUAAUGCAGUGUGCUUUACAUGGUACCUUCCUUGAAGAUGUGUAAAUUUCUUCUAGUGCAGUUUGCUUCCUUCGUGAGUGGUUUGAGAUGAUAAUGUUGCCUUGUAUUUCAUGCUUUUGUUGGCUACUUUCUUCUGAAUUUUGUAAAACUUAAACUUUAAUAAAAACUUACUGAGUUCUAGGACAGAGUUCUGUCCACAUUUUUGUGUUAAUUAAAAUUUGUUGGAACGUAUCUGAAGCUUUCUGGGAUUUGUAUGUG